GGGGCCACAGUGGGGACGAACGGGGAGCGGUGACAGCCCCACAGCAUUGGGGGACGCGGGGACACAACCGCAGCGGUGACACCGGGCACAGCAUCCCAGCCAUGUCCCAGUCCAGCCCCUCGGACCCGGACAGCCCCGGGGCGCAGCGUUGUCCCAACGUCACCGAUGUCACCGAGGAGGAGCUGAAGGUGUGCGCUGUGUGCGGGGACAGAGCCACCGGGUACCACUUCCACGUGAUGAGCUGCGAAGGGUGUAAAGGGUUCUUCAGGCGCUCCAUCCUUAAGGGUGUGCACUUCACCUGCCCCUUCACCCGGAGCUGCCCCAUAACCAAAGCCAAGCGCCGGCAGUGCCAGGCGUGCCGCCUCCAGAAGUGCCUCGACGUGGGGAUGCGGAAGGACAUGAUCAUGUCGGAGGAGGCCCUGGGCCGCCGCCGGGCGCUGAGGCUGCAGAGGAGGUUGGCGCAGGCACAGCCCGGGGGGCUGACAGCAGAGCAGCAGGAGCUCAUCAGCAUCCUCAUCGCCGCGCACAAGCGCACCUUCGACUCCAGCUUCUCCCAGUUCCAGCACUACCAGCCCGCCGUGCGCCUCUGCAUCCCCGGCCCGUGCUCCCAGAGCCCACCCGGACCGGGCGUCCCUUCGGCAUCCCUGUCCCCACAGUUGGACUGUCUGGAUGAGGACGUGCUGCCCGACGUCUUCUCCAUCCUGCCCCACUUCGCCGACCUCAGCACCUUCAUGAUCCAGCAGGUCAUCAAAUUCGCCAAGGAGAUCCCGGCGUUCAGGGGGCUGCCCAUCGACGACCAGAUCUCUCUGCUCAAGGGUGCCACGCUGGGGAUCUGCCAGAUCCAGUUCAACACGGUGUUCAACGAGGAGACCAACGCCUGGGAGUGCGGGCAGCACUGCUUCACCAUCAAGGAUGGGGCUCUGGCCGGCUUCCAGCAGAUCUACCUGGAGCCACUGCUCAAAUUCCACAUCAGCCUGAAGAAGCUGCGGCUGCACGAGGCCGAGUACGUCCUGCUGGUGGCCAUGCUGCUCUUCUCGCCAGACCACGCCAGCGUCACCCAGCGGGAUUUCAUUGACCAGCUGCAGGAGAAGGUGGCCCUCACCCUCAAGAGCUACAUCGACCACCGGCACCCCAUGCCCGAGGGCAGGUUCCUCUACGCCAAACUGCUGCUGCUGCUGACGGAGCUGCAGACACUGAAGAUGGAGAACACACGGCAGAUCCUACACAUCCAGGACCUCUCCAGCAUGACUCCGCUGCUCUCCGAAAUCAUCAGCUGAAGGCCACCAAGGCACUGAGCCCCCAUCCCCGCGCACGACGCAGGGCUCCAUCGCACUUUACAGGGCAGAGUAAAGCUCUUUUAUUUUUC